CCUCAUUUAGAAUAGACGAUCGACCGCCGUAUUCGGUCAGGUUGAGCACGAGCGACGACCACGGAAAUCAAUGAGCCGCGCCUACGCGUUCCGGCAGUCUUAUAGCAAUCCGAUAUCAUUGACUACCGAGUUAUUCGCGUACAGACAGCUUUUACAUCGUCGGCAGCAGACUUGGGGUGCUGCCUCAGAUCUCUCCGAGCUACCCGGCCCUUUAGCGACCGAUGGAAAAUGCCGAUGAUUUGUUUACUCGGCCGGAUAUAAAGAGAGUUGUUGACUCCAUUCGACAUCAUACGAUGUCAUCCAUCAUACGACACGCCAGGCACCCGACAUCAACGCCAGCCUUAGCUAUCCCGCCUCAUAAAAAUAGCCGGCCGGGCAUUAAUCCGCUUCCUUAACAUCAAUUUCACACCAUUAUGUCCAUGAGACGAAGCCGCUGUUGUCUUCUUAUUGUCUACUUCGUCGUCGGCCUCGUGACCGCGAUCCUGUGCAUGGUCUUGUUUCGGCCGAACUCGGCCAUCACGCUCAACCGCUUCUCUUCCUCCCUUUUCGCAACGCUAUCGUCGCAUUCCAUGGCGGCGGCAAAGCAGCCCGUCAUCGUCGUCGGCUCCGGCCUGGCCGGCCUAUCCGCGACACACCAAGCCCUGAGAGCAGGUGCCGCCGUGCACUUGCUCGACCGCGCGCCGAAACCCGGUGGGAACAGUAUCAAAGCCUCGUCGGGGAUUAACGGCGCCGGCACGCGAUUCCAGCGGGCCCUUGGCAUCGCCUCCGACGAGAGUUUCCUGGCUGACACGGUGCGCUCGGCCGGGCACAAGUUCCAAGAGGGCCCCGCCGGCAUUGACCGCAAGGCUCUCGUUGAGCUCUUGACCUCACGAUCAGAAGGCGCCGUCAACUGGCUCGCCGACGACCUGGGCGUCGAUCUGAGCGUCGUCGCGCAGCUCGGCGGGCACUCGGUCGCGCGCACGCAUCGCGGCGGCGGCAACCUUCCCCCCGGCGCUGCUAUCGUUUCGACGCUGUUAGAAAAGCUCAAGGCGAGUUCGGACUUCACCCUAGAGAGCUCGGCCGAGGUGACUGAGUUGCUAGUCAGCGGCAGCGGCAGCGACGGGGCUGUUAAGGGAGUGCGCUACCGCACCGCCGACGAGCAGUUCCACGACCUUGAGGGCCCAGUAGUCUUCGCAGCGGGUGGAUUCGGCGGGGACCCGCACGGCUUGCUAUCGAAGCACCGACCGGACCUGACGGGUAUACCCUCUACCAACGAAGAGCGGCCUGCUCCACACGGCCUGCUCUCGGCAAUCGGCGCCGAAUUCGUCGACAUGGACAGCGUGCAAGUGCACCCGACCGGGUUCGUCGAUCCGAAGGAUCCAUUUGCGCCGUACAAGUUCCUCGCGGCGGAGGCGCUGCGGGGCGAGGGCGGAAUCCUGCUCUCGGGCCAGACGGGCGAGCGGUUCAUCGACGAGCUGAAGACGCGUGAUGUCGUCAGCGGCGCCAUCACGGCGCUGCCGCGCGCCACGGCGCCCGAGUCGUCGCCAGCGGCGCAGCAGUGGGACGUCACGCUGCUACUCGACCCGGGCGCGUGCGAAGCGGCCGCGUCGCACAUCGGGUUCUACCUAUGGAAGGGUCUGGUGGAGAAGAAGAAGGUCAGAGAUCUACCGCCGGCGGUCAUCGCGUCAGUCGACCAGUACGCGUCGAUCGUGGCAUCUGGCGGGGGCGACCCGCUAGGCCGGACAGCCUUCGGGCACUGGAGACUUCCGUCCGGCGAGGCGAACCGCGAGGAGGAGGUAUGCGUGGGCACGGUGACGCCCGUGGUGCACUUUACAAUGGGCGGGGUGGCAUUCGACACGCAGGCGAGGGUCCUGCGGCCGGCGGAAGGAAACGCGCUCGCGCCGGUGCCCGGCCUGUGGGCAGCGGGCGAGAUCACGGGAGGCAUACACGGCGCGAAUAGGCUGGGUGGUUCAUCGCUGCUCGAGUGCGCGGUGUUCGGGAGGAUCGCGGGGGCCGAAGCGGCGGAGAGCUUAACGAAGAGUGUAUAACGAGGAGCGAUGAGGGCAGCGGCAAGUUAGGUGUAAUACGGGACACAUAAAUUCGGCGAAUUCGGUAAGAGAGAAAUAACGAAUCCCCUGAUCGCUCGUGUAGUCAUGAACGGUGCGCGGAGAGGUUGGGAGGUGUGUGUAAGUUACCAUCGACCUGGCUAUACUCAGGAGUAAGACAUGGCAUCCGAGCCGGUCAUCGCAUCUAUGCGCGUACGUAGGAGGAGUAGGACUAGAUCUGGGUUAGAUAGUCGUUGGCGAACGUAGGCUAGAGACUUUGUCAACGCUGCCGCAUGCGUCCGAGGAAUGGUCUGUUGGUAAACUUCACUCAAACCCCCUAA